AGGCGGGCCUUCUCAGAGGGUCACCCUGCAACCUGCUGUCAUCUUGCUUGGAGCACAGGCGGAGUCACAAGCCCCUGAACUCCGAGGGAGGAUAAGGGCCUCACUGUUGCCCGCCCCCAAGGCUGAGCACGAUCUCCAUGGAGCCCACCCUGGGAGACCCACAGAGAGGAGCUGUGAAGGCUCUGCCCGCUGUGGACCCGCCUUGUCCUCAGCGGGCGGGAGGGGAAGACUGACUUAUUUGUGUUCUCAAACUGCCCUGGCAGCAGGGCCAGGCACAGCUCACAAUAAAUCUGGACCAUCGGUACACCUAAGAAAAACAGACUGACAAACCAAUGUUUGCUUCCAUGAAAAGUGCUCUGUUUGCUACAGAAAUUUUUUUUUUAAUGCCUCAAUGAGACGUGAGAACAGGGGCUUCCUUAUGCUGCAGCCAGCAGAGGCACUCAAACAUUCCGUCAGCAGGAUCCCAGCCAAGCUGCACAGCGCGCUUUUAUAAAGCUGGCCCCAGGCAUCUCAGGGCAAGAUGUGGCUGUGAAGUCUGCUCGGCCCUUGGUACUCCGGAGGCGCUGGCACGGUGGCUGUCAGACUCGCCCCAGAGCCAUGGCAAAGAAUGGACUUGUAAUUUACAUCCUGGUUAUCACCUUGCUCCUGGACCAGACCAGCUGCCACGCGUCCAAGUUCAAAGCCAGGAAGCACAGCAAACGCCGAGUGAAAGAAAAGGAUGGAGACUUGAAGAUUCAAGUGGAAAAGCUCUGGAGAGAAGUCAAUGCCCUGAAGGAAAUGCAAGCCCUGCAGACAGUCUGUCUCCGAGGCACAAAAUUUCACAAGAAGUGCUACCUUGCCGCGGAAGGCUUGAAGCACUUCCACGAAGCCAAUGAAGACUGCAUUUCCAAGGGCGGGACCCUAGUUGUCCCCAGAAGCGCUGAUGAAAUCAACGCCCUCCGAGACUAUGGUAAAAGGAGCCUGCCGGGGGUCAAUGACUUUUGGCUGGGCAUCAACGACAUGGUCACAGAAGGCAAGUUUGUCGACGUCAAUGGGCUUGCCAUCUCCUUCCUCAACUGGGACCAGGCACAGCCUAACGGUGGCAAGCGGGAAAAUUGUGCCCUCUUCUCCCAGUCAGCUCAGGGCAAGUGGAGUGACGAGGCCUGUCGUAGCAGCAAGAGGUACAUAUGUGAGUUCACCAUCCCUCAAUAGACCCUUCUCAGGUGCAUCUUCCCAGAAGGAUCGGUCAUGGUUUACAGGCUGAUGGUUCUCAAGAAUGAGUCAAAAUCGUCAUAGGGGAGGCUAUGUCCCUAGGAAUACGAGACAGCCAAGUUUGCUACCAAAUUGUAUUGUGAUUUUUGCCCUCCACGGGGAAUGGGGGAUCGGAAAAUAACCAUUCCGUCAUGUACACACUGCUCAAGUAGCUUCUGCAAAAUGGGCUAUUAGACCUUUCUCAUUCCUGGUCCCUCUUCUUGUACAGACCAGGUGUGUAUUGAAAAGACAAUAGUCAGAAAAGCAAGCUGUAGGCUACCUGGAAGAUUUUCUGUUAAAGGUUUCGUAUGUAUUUGAGUGAUGAGGUGCUAUAUAAUCCCAAAUCUUUUCCGUCUGAUGCUCAGUCCGCUCCCUCCUCGUGAUAGCAUCUUAUUAGCCCGUCGCCCUUUGAGUUGCAGCAUCCCCUGGUGGGACAUGUAACUGCUCCGUCACGUAGAUACACAGAAGUCUUGUACAGGUUCUGGUUUAACUCUGUUUUCUUCAAACCCACCCCACUCCUGCCCCGGCCCCCAGUGAUAUACACAUCUUUUUUUUUUAAGUUCCCAGUAAAGAUCUGAAAGGAAAUGUUAAGGCAGCAUAUUUAGUCAAUUUCCACCCCAGUAUUACAUUACAGUUUCCAACUUGAAUAGGAAAACCUAAGGCAGAACAGAGUAGCAGACUGUACAGAAAAAGAGAAAUUUUUUAAGUCUCCUUUUUCCCCUGCUUUAGUGUACCCUUUUUUAUGAAAUCAACAGUGGAUAUUAUACAUCUUUGUUUCCUUUUUUAAAAAACAUAUUUUACACACAUAUAUAUUUUAACAAUCAUAUAUUUAAGUCUACUGGAGAAAAAUCUAUAUUUAGAUGGAAAGUUGGAAGUUGGAUUUAAAUAAUAUUUUUUGAGUUACAUGUACAUCUAAACUAUUUUUUUUAUUCUGCCAAGUGCUGCUCCCACUAAAUUGUUUAGAUUGUGUAAUGUAAUGUCAUUGCUUAAUACGAAAUUAUGAAGUUAAGGCUUGGGGGAAAUGGGUUUUUUGGAAGCAAACAAUUCUAGGUAUAUUCUGUUCUUCAAAUAAACAUCUUUUUUUCCCUUUAAAUGUUGAAUAUGUUUUGGGAACAAAAUCCUUCUUUAUAAGCUUAAUUAUGUAUGCUUGGAAUUAAGCUUUAGUUCUUCACA